AUGAACGGCCAUUUUGCCGCGGUCGGCGGCAACGGGCCGAUGGCGAAGCAGUACGAGCAUGGCAUCCAGGUCAUCGACGAGGAGAAGGCCUUCAACGCCAAUCUCUCCGACUAUCUGGCUGAGACGCACAUCGCUGAGGCUGGCUUCAACUACCACCUGAUCUCCGUGUUUGGGUCGCAAUCGACGGGGAAGUCGACCCUGCUCAACCACCUGUUCGGCACCGAGUUCAGCGUCAUGUCCGAGACGGAGCGCCGCCAGACGACCAAGGGAAUAUGGAUGUCCAAGAACAAGAAGGAGAGCGCAGACGGUGGCACAGCCAAGAUGGCCGACAACAUCCUCGUCAUGGAUGUCGAAGGCACCGACGGUCGUGAGCGCGGGGAGGAUCAGGACUUUGAGCGCAAAAGCGCCCUCUUUGCCCUUGCCACGAGCGAGGUUCUGAUUGUCAAUAUCUGGGAACAUCAGGUCGGUCUGUACCAGGGCGCAAACAUGGGUCUGCUCAAGACUGUCUUCGAGGUCAACCUGCAGCUAUUCCUGAAGGACAAGCAGUCGCAAACCCGUUCUCUACUCUUCUUCGUCAUCCGCGACCACAUCGGAAACACCCCCUUGGCCAAUCUGCGAAACACACUCAUUCAAGAUCUAACCCGGAUCUGGUCAUCCAUCUCCAAACCGCAGGGUCUUGAGAAUUCCAAGAUUGAGGACUACUUUGACUUUGCUUUCGCAGCGCUACCACACAAGAUCCUUCAACCGGAAAAGUUUCUAGCCGAGGUUGACAAGCUCGGUUCUCGCUUCACGGCCGGCCACCGUUCCACAAAGGACCAGGAAUUCGUGGGUGGCGUGUUCCUGCCCGAAUAUCACAGGAGGAUACCCGCCGACGGCUUGUCAGUCUAUACGGAGGGCGUGUGGGACCAGAUCGUGAACAACAAGGAUCUCGAUCUGCCGACCCAGCAGGAGCUCCUGGCCCAGUUCCGCUGCGACGAAAUCUCUCGCGAGGUCAUGGUAGCAUUCGACGCAGCUAUUGUGCCGCUUGAGGAGCAGCAGGCAGAAGCCACGCGCCUUGGGAACCCGUCCGUCAUAGCCGACCUGGGACAAGCCGGCGCCGGGGCCCGUGAGAAGUGCCUCAAGACGUUCGAGACGCAAGCCAGCAGAUACCACAAGGGCGUGUAUACCGUGAAGCGCGGCGAACUUGAGAGCAAGAUCGACACCAGGCUCAAGGCGCUGUACCAAGGCCAGCUCUCGGCGGCGCACAAGGCGGGCGUCGCCGCUUUCAGCGAGGCCGUCACGGGCGCGGUAAAGGCCGGCCAGAAAGCGGGCGGCUCGUACGAAUUUGCCGAGAUUGUGGAGAAACAAAAGAAGAAGACGCUGGAGAUCUUCAAGAAGGAGGCACAGAGCCUGCUCAUCCAAGGUGUGGCUUGGACCAAUUUCAAACCGCAGUACCGCUUGUUCGAGAAGGAGCUCGAUGAUGUUAGCGCGCGGCUACGCAAAGAGGAGAUGCGGCGGUUGGCCAUCCGGGUCGAGAGGUGGGUCAAGUCACGUCUUGGCGAUGCCAUCGGUCUCGAGUUCAACAAACUCGGGUCCGGCAGGGGCGGAUCCGGCGCGCCGGAGACUGGCGAGAAACCGGCAACCGACAAGGACUUGUGGGACCGCGUCUGGAACGCCUUCAUUGGCAUUGUCCGGGAGGCCGAAACGCGGUUUGUCGACAGGGCCAAGAGCUUUGACGCAAGCGACGACGAGGUCGAGGUCGGGCUUUGGCGGCUCCGGCGCAAGAGCUGGGUGGCCCUCAGAGAGCGGAUUGAAGAGGAGGUCAUGGAGAGCAACAUCCUCAUGAAGCUCCGCGAAAACUUUGAGGACAAGUUCCGUUAUGACGAAGAGGGCGUUCCCAGGAUCUGGCGACCGACUGACGACAUUGAGGGGGUCUACACUAAAGCCCGCGAGUCCACGCUUGGAUUGAUCCCUGUUCUGUCCAGAUUCAGGCUGUCGGAGACGUAUGCCCCCCCUGACCUGCCGGAAUUCAUUGGCCCUCAGCCUGCUGGUGUGGAACCCGAGGAUGAGGAGGAUCUUCCUCCCAUCGGGGGCGUGGACGAAGAGGAGGGCAAGAGCCUCGAAGAGGAGAUGACGGUUCUGAGCGAAAGCAAACGACAGGACCUGGUGGUCAGGUUCAAGAAGAUGGCCGACGGGGUGUAUGUGGAAGCCAAGCGGAGCGCAAUUGGCGGCAUCACGCAGGUGCCCCUGUACUUUUAUGUUGUCCUGCUUGUCCUCGGCUGGAACGAGAUUGUCAUGGUCUUGCGUAACCCCAUCCUGUUCAUGCUCAUCCUGAUCAUGGGCGGCGGAACCUAUGUGGCAUACACGCUCAAUCUUCUCGGUCCGAUGAUGCAAAUGGCAAACGCGGCAUCCAACCAGGCUGUCGAGAUUGGCAAGGGGAAGCUCCGAGAGUUCCUAGAGAAUAAUGAGACGGUCAGACAAGCCAUCGCAGUGCCGGCCAGGCAACUGGCGGACGGCGGCAUCAACCUGGACAGACUGGAUAGCCGAGGAAAGAGGGCACAACAGGCUGACGACGAGGAUGAUAUCUAG